AUAUCUCGUCCUCUGCUCACACUGCAUUCUGAUUUGGCAGCCGGGGGCGAGCCAGACAAGAGCCAUCGUUGGAUUUCUAGAAGAGAUAGACAACGAGGACAAUCUGUUAAUCAAUUAAUCGUGAUUAAGAAUAUAGAGUACUGUGUAUUCCCUCUUCACACUGUCUUUACAUUGAUAAUCCGAGUAUGCGCACUGAACGCCAUUGUCUGCCCGCGGCAAGAGUGAGAGCGCGGAUAUGAUAGUGCAGGGGAGCGGCAUACAUUGACCCGAAUCUCCGGGAACCGGAGAACAAGUGGACUCGGACACACAUCGUUGGAAAGACAUACUGGCAGACAGACAGCAACAGUUGUCAUUGCUAUGAUCAGCUGAGCCAGUCAAGGCAAAAUAAUACAUGUAAAUGUGGUAGCCAAUUGCGGAGAAGCGCUACUGUCGGAUACGUUUGUUGCGCUUUGUGUUUGUCAACCUUGUUGUGAUUUGGGGCAGGCUACCUGUCAUUAGCUGUGAGGGAAAACGUGUUGCUUAUAUUUAUCGUUUUGUUUUUCUGUCAUUCGUUUGACAUCAUCCUAUAGAUUCUAGUUUUUCUCGGUUGGUGUGAAUCAAAGCACCCAGUCGCUCAUGCUGCGGUCAGGGAAAUGGGCUGUUGCGUCUGUUAGUCAGACUUGACAACCCAGAUUUUUUUUUAGGUGCCGUUUUGUCUUUGGCAAAGGGCGAGAAGUCCACUGCAGACAGGCGUGUCGGGGGCGAUUCCAGUGACGGCUCGACUCUCUGCGGAGCCCCCAUUUCAACAACCCCCACCCAUUUUGCUCGGGUGCUUUGGAUGGGGGGCAAGCAAAGUACGGCAGGGCGGCCACGGGGUGCUUUUCCCGGUGUCUCGACGGAUGACAGCGCAGUGCCGCCCUCGGCUCACUUUGGCCACUACCGACCGAGUGGCACUAUGGGGCUACGCAGCCGCUCAGUGAGUUCAGUGGCUGGGAUGGGCAUAGAACAUAGUCCUGCGGUGCCCUUUGGGUUUUAUACCCCCAGAGGAACUGACUCGGACAGGGCCGGAGGGGGGUCUGGCACUAACGCUGGCCAUGGUAACGGCUACCAGGAAACAGGCGGCGGGCAUCACACGGACGGUAUGCUCUACCUGGGAUCCCGAGGGUCGUUGGCAGACACCUUGCCCCUGCACAUUGCACCCCGGUGGUUUAGCGCCCACAGUGGGUUCAAGUGUCCUGUCUGCUCCAAGUCUGUGGCGUCCAAUGAGAUGGAGGUGCACUUCAUCAUGUGUCUAAGCAAGCCCCGCCUGUCCUAUAAUGAUGACGUGCUAGCAAGGGAUGCCGGGGAAUGUGUGAUCUGUCUGGAGGAGCUGCAGCAAGGAGACACCAUCGCCAGACUGCCUUGUCUCUGCAUCUAUCACAAAAGCUGUAUAGACUCCUGGUUUGAGAUUAAUCGGUCCUGCCCUGAGCAUCCUUCAGACUGACUGACCUCUGUGCUGCUACUACUACUCCUUCAAGAGUGCCCCUCCUCCCUGCCCCUUCAGACCUAGAGACUGCCAGUCGGGCCCAACCAGGCUGACCAUCCCUCCAGACAAACUGCCUCAUCAGGCCGCUUGUCCCCCCCCACCCCAGCCAGCCAGUUGCCCCACCACAUGCCCUGGCCCCCUGCUCUGCCCUCCAUUCUGCCUCCAGAGUCUAGCGCUCCCUGUCACUCAUCUGGAUCCAGUCCUCACAUGGCCUUCACCGGAAGAGACAGGGGAGGAAGAAUCGGGCUGGAUGCACCCUGUGUGCCAGGGAAAGGUCGACUCCCAGGACGUUGUCUGAUCAUCAGACAGAAGCCCCCCCCAAUCACUAUAGUUACAGCACCCACCCACUCACUCAUUAGCUGUAGUCACAUGUGCUUCUCUUAGUCUUCGCUUUGAGGUGGAGUAGCGGUGUGUGAGAUGCCGAAUUGGCGGGGCAGGCAGGUUCUGUGUGUGGGUGGGUGGUGUCAGAGGUGUAGUUUAUGCUUCUCUGUGUGUUUAGGCAGUGAAGAUGCCAGUCAAACUACACUUGUUCUGUGUGUGGAGGGGGUACAUUGUUUAUGCUUGGUGGUGUGUGAAUGUGUGCUUGUGUGUUGUAGGGGGCAGUUGGGGUUCGUUGGUUUACGUUCUUCUAUGUGCUGGGGCGGUGAGGAUGAUGUCAGUCACCAUACCUGGGGUGUGGUUGGGGUGAUGAUCUCUGUAGUGUGAGAGCCUGAUUUGCUAAAGGGUCAAAUAGAAGUCUGAGACAAUACUGUGUGUUGGUCUGUGUUUGAAACGUUUACAAUUUAGAUGUCCAUUUUCCCUGUGUGAAUGUGUAAUUUCUCCCUUUAUUUCGCUAAUGUUUACAGUUACAGAACAUCAACAUGACAUAUUCUAUGUAGUUAUUUUUGUCCACCAGGUUUUUGCUGUGAUGGGGACACUGAUCAGAAUGAGUCAUUUCUUUGUAGGGGCCUUGAGUGUGUUCAUGUGAGAGUGUGUGUGUGUGAUGCAUCUCGGCCUAAGAGACUGUCUGUGCCCCAUAUGCUUUCUGCUGAAAUAGGUAAUGUCCUCUCUGGUUGUGUUGACUUAUUGUAAUGGAGGUGUUCAAGACUCAUCAACCCAAACAUUUUUGUGCUAUUCCGGGGUUACAACUGAGCUAUUCCGGGGUUACAACUGAGCUAUUCCGGGGAUACAAUUGAUUUAUUCACAUUUAAGAUUUGUUUUUCCAAAUCGGUCAGAACUCACAGUAUUCUUCAGAAUGCCUCUAAUGUAUAAAGAAUAACAGAAUGGUGGUUCUGUGAGGGGGAGAAAAAAAGACUGAACAAAUGGGUGAAUAUAUUUAUUUUUUCCAUUUGUGCUAGAUUAAAAUGUAGAGAAUAGUAUUUUUGCAGGGUUAUCUGCUUCAUACCCGUGAGGGCACUACAAAAACCAUUUAUUAAGCAAGCAGACAACCACCAAGCUUCUCAGACACAGGGGAGACAGACUACUAGUCAGUUAUGAUAUAAACUACAUAACUUAACGUCUCCUGCUAACUGUAGCCCUGCUCAACGCUCUAAAGGGCCAUACCUUCAUUUCUUUAUUUCGUUUUAAUGUCUUUUGAUGACUUUUCUUUCCAAGGAUGUGAAUGGAUGCCUGUUUUGGAGGUAUCAACUAAUUGUCUCAUGAUUUUGAUGUGCAAUCUGUGGGAUGAGUAAUGAUAAAUAUAAUAAUAAAAGUCUAAAUAAA